AUCUUUGUGCGUCCUUGCCGACCCAUGUGGCUGAUUGGCCCGCCUUUCCAGAGGAGGAAGAGGAUGAUGGCUAUGAUGAUGAUGGACGAGCGACUGCAUCAGUCCCCAACCGCGCGCACCCUCCUGCAGCAGCAGCAAGCGGGCAACCCGGCCAGGGUGCACAGCAUCGAGGCCAUCCUGGGCUUCAAGGAGGACCUCCUGUUCCACAAGUCAGGCGCUUGCAGCCUGCCAGCCAAUGGAGGAGGCAAACACGCGCAAGAGCGCCACGUUCAACAAAUUCACAAGAGUCAUUUCGCUGAAAGUUUGGACGGCAUGUGCUGCCCGAGUGUUCCCGGUGUUGGUGUUGCUGGUGACGUUACGCCUUGUCCGGACUCGCCCGACCGUGAGGGCUGCAAGUUAUCGGACGACGAGAACCCGAAGAAGAAGCACCGCCGCAACCGGACAACGUUCACCACUUUCCAGCUGCACGAACUGGAGCGAGCCUUUGAGAAGUCCCACUACCCGGACGUGUACAGCCGAGAGGAGCUGGCCCUCAAAGUCAACCUGCCCGAGGUCCGCGUACAGGUUUGGUUCCAGAACCGCAGGGCCAAGUGGCGUCGUCAGGAAAAACUGGAAGUGAACUCCAUCAAGCUCCAGGAGAACACCGGUACCCCCUCCUUGCUCUCCUUCGGCCGCCCCCACGCCACGGGUUCCCUGGACCCCUGGUUGGCCUCGCCAAUCGGGGCCUCCGCCACCCUACAUUCGCUCCCGGGCUUCAUAGGAGGAGGCGGCGCCUAUACCGACUCGCCUCCCCCCUCCUUCUUCAAUGCCCCCACCCUGGGGCAUACCACCCACUUGCCCCGGAUGGGCUCCAUGUGCCCGCCGCCGCUGUCGGUCUACCAGUGCUCGUCAGACCCGAGGAACUCCAGCAUUGCCUCAUUGAGGAUGAAGGCCAAAGAACACAUUCAAUCUAUUGGCAAGACGUGGUGAUGGAUAAGGCUGCUGCGUCUUUGGGGAACCUGGAGGGAUUGGAAGGCUGACGUUGCUAUGGCAACAACCUGACGGGCACAAACUUUGAAAAAACUUUUUGGAGCGCUCAUACAUCUCUUUCAAUUUCAUUCUUACCUGUUACAACAAGCAUGAUGUAUUUAUUUGACACUUUACAUUUAAAGAAAAUUUUGUUUUUGGUGUAAAAUCCAUCUGAUGUGAAUAUUUUCAAGACAAUAAUCUUAUAUGUAAAAACAAAAUAACAAAGGAGAACAUCCAAGGCUGAAAACAAUCCAUUCCAGGAUGCUGGCUGACACUCCAUUUGUUUAGAUUUUGUAACUAUUUCACCCUUAGGAAAUACAUUGGCACCUCGAAAUUAAUUAUUCAUAUUUUCUCCUACCUGAAAUAAAUGAAAAUACCAUUAAUUCGUUCCAGCAUCCCCCACAAAACAAAAUUGUUUGGAAUGUGUGUGUUUUUUAAGGAAAAAUAGCACUAUAAAAAUGUACUUUACAAAAAUCACACAUUUGACAGCUUUGCAGGUUUUCUAAGCAUAUUUCUAACAGAUGGUAAUAAUGCUCUACAACCUGAGAUUGGUAAGAGUAAAACUAUAUCGCUUCACUGAAUUAACUGAACUCUGAACUGCUUUAGGGCACAGAAAAGCUUGCAGCAAUGCUAAAUAGAAGAGCAAAGCAUAAACUGUCAAAUGCUGAUGACUUAAGUGUGUCUGACUGAUACCUGAAACAAAAUAGAAAGUGGCUCAUGGGACAUCUUGUUGGUCAUUUCACGAAUAAAUUCAAAACUUAGCAGCCUAUGUUGCUACUGUCAUUCAAUCUGUGAAUUCAUAUUAGGAAGAUAGUUUAAGUGCCCCCUAGCGGUGAUGUACUAUAAUAAUGAAAUCCAAUUUGAUUGGUAAAAAGUUUUCAAGUUUUUUUUUUAAUAUAUAUAUUUCAAUAUGUAGAUAACUGGCAAAAAAUACCUUUUGAUAAAUUUCAGCAACAUAAACACGCAAAAUAAACACUGAGGUUUUUUUUUUUUACACCUAAAUCAGCUUAACCUGGCUGACUUCCUCCUGGCCCCUCAGAGAAUGACUUGUUUCCUCCUCAUUAACCCCCGUAAACGUUAUCCCAUCCGUCGGCGGGAUUACAAGCGUAAUCAUGGGGUGAAAGUGGCUUGUUGCCCCUUUUGUUCACCAAUCAGCCGUGAAGCAAAUGAGGGAUAAGGACACAAGAGGAAACUUUUCCUUUUGGCAUUAAGAGGGAGGACGUGUGCAACCAACUUGUUGCAAUUAGCACUCGCCAUUGUCUGAAAACUAAGAGGGCCCAAAACAUUCACCGUCAAUGUGUACCCUACUGUUUUUUUUACAUGCUGUGUUGAGAGAGAGAGAGAUAGCAAGAGAGGGUAGAGUUUCUUUUACCUGAUGUGAAAGCAUACUGUAUAUUUUACUUAAAUGUUUCCUCACACAUAACUUGCUUUAAUGUUCUAUUUUUACUAUUAAAUUUUUACCCUGAA